AUGACGGUGACAGGCGGCCGACAAUGCCCAACGUUGACGCCCCCAACUUACGGAGCUCUAAGUCCUCCCGGACCACACGCCUACCCAAACGGGGUUACCUUCACCUGUAACCCGGGAUACGUGCGGAACGGCUGUGCUGCUGCGGCGUGCCAAGCUGACGGAACGUGGAGUAAUCCUGUUCCAACAUGCAAAACCGGACCUUGUCCACCCUUGACCUGCCCAAUCAACGGUGGGCUCAGUACCUCAACGACCUCCUACCAGACUGUGGUCACCUUCAUCUGUUGUAAACCGGGAGACCAACCAAACGGCUCUGGUAAUACAACGUGCCAAGCUGACGGAACAUGGAGUAAUCCUGUUCCAACAUGCACACCCAGACCAUGCCCAACGUUGACGCCCCCAACUUCCGGAGCUCUAAGUCCUCCCGGACCACACGCCUACCCAAACGGGGUUACCUUCACCUGUAACCCGGGAUACGUGCGGAACGGCUGUGCUGCUGCGGCGUGCCAAGCUGACGGAACGUGGAGUAAUCCUGUUCCAACAUGCAAAAAACCGUAG